AUGCUAUCAUAUUAAUUUAUAUUCAACUAAAGUUUGAACAAUUUAAAGCUUAAAUUACAAUUAAUUGUUUUCAAGGUGUCUUUUUAAAAAAUAUUAACAGCUCAAUCAGAAGAAUAUUCAUAUUUAUAAGAAGUUAUCAAUUUGGAUUAGUUUCUCAUUAAUGUAAUCAUAAAUUAUCCUUUAAAUUUAAUCAUCAACCAAAAUUAAUAUUCAAAAUAAAUAUUACCUGAAUUAAUAACUAUGCAAGUCACGGAGGAAGACUUCUCAAAUAAUUUAUCUAAGUAUCAAGGAACAAUAGAAUACUUAAUAUUUAAAGUAAGUAUAGAUGAAUAAAUUCUUCAUUCAGAAAAAAAAGAUUUAGAGUUGAUUUAGAAGGAUUUUCGAGAAUUAUUUAUAGAAGAAACUAGUUCAAUUUCGCCAAUAGAAAGAAUAAUGAAGAUUUUUGAAGAUAUAGCAAUAGAUGAAUCAAUUAAAAAUGUGACAGAUGAAAAAUUUAAUCAAUUAGAAUUGAUUAAAGAAAAAGAAAAAUAUGAGAAAUGUUUGUAAUAAUUAAGAAUUGUUGAGAAAAAUAAUAGUAUAGAACAUUUCAAAUAAUUUAUCAAUCAAAUCGAUAAAGUUGUUAAAGUUUUGAAUAAUUCCUUUAACUAAAAUUUAUAAAUUUAAAAAAAACUUAUCUUAAUUGUUAAACAAUUUAAUAAAACUGAUAGAAGAAUUAAUAAAAAUGAUUUAAGCUGA